UGUGUUUGUUGAAUGGCGAGGGUGAGCAGUCGCUCAAACUGUCGCGAAUAAAGCAUUCAAACAUCUGCCUCUGUGCUCAGUGGUGUCUGAGGAAGGCUCGACCGAGGGAAGACCCGGUUGUUGGUCCGAGAUGGAAAAUGGGGAUGUUAAUUUGCUCAGGUCUCGCAGCAGAGAGGCACCAGACGUGUCUGCCUCCUCUGACCUGGACAGCUCUCUGGAGGGAGACCCUAGUCCUGGAAGACAUCAGCAAGGAGACAACCAUAUCACCAGCAAUGGAAGGAUUGAAGUAGAACAUGUGAUGAGCAAAAAGAUGCAACUGAAGAGGAAAGCAGAGUUCCUGAAGGACAACCUGAUGCGUCAGUUUGACAGCCAAGUCAACGACUUCAUGGACAGUCUGAUCGAAGAAUUGGCGAGCUUCAAGACUGAACCUGUGUCUGCUGUCUUCUCACCCCCACUGUCAGACAAGGAGAGGAGCAAACAUGGGCAUGUCCAACCUCUUCACAGCCAGGGAAAGCACUUCAUAAGUCGGCGAUCCCUCCUGGAUGAGCUGUUUGAGGUGAACCACAUCAGGACCAUCUACCACAUGUUCAUCGCUGUGCUCAUUCUCUUUAUUCUCAGCACACUUGUUGUAGAUUUCAUCGAUGAAGGCAGACUGGUGUUGGACUUUGACCUGCUGGUCUAUGCAUUUGGACAGUUUCCUUUGGUGGUUUGCACAUGGAUCUACAUGUUCCUGUCUGUGCUGCUGGUUCCCUACAACCUGUUUAACCUGUGGUGUCAGAGUCAGUCUGGCUCUCAUGGUCACCACAGGUUACACAAUUGUCUGUUUGGAGCUGCGUACCUCCUCUACCAAGCUUUAGGUUUGGGAUUCCUUCCUACGUAUGUGGCGGUGACCAACAGUUUGCCACCUGCGUCCUGCUUCAUCAUCACCUUGGAACAGGUACGCCUAAUGAUGAAAGUGCACUCCUUUAUCAGAGAAAAUGUGCCCAGAGUGCUCAAUUCAGCAAAAGACAAAAAAGGCCCUGGUCCAGUGGUUCCUCAGGUUUCUCAGUAUCUCUACUUCUUGUUUGCACCCACACUGAUUUACAGAGACCAAUACCCCAGAAACCCAGUGAUCAGAUGGAGCUAUGUGGCCACAAAGCUACUUCAGGUACUUGGAUGUACGUUUUAUACCUACUACGUCUUUGUGCGGCUGUGCAUCCCACAGUUUCGCAUCAUCAGUCUGCAGCUGUUUGAUCUGCGGGCCAUGGUCCUUUGUGUCUUUAACUCCAUACUGCCAGGAGUUCUGAUUCUGUUCCUGGGAUUCUUUGCCUUCCUUCACUGCUGGCUCAAUGCUUUUGCCGAGAUGCUUCGCUUUGCAGACAAGAUGUUUUACAAGGACUGGUGGAAUUCAACAUCUUAUGCCAAUUACUACCGGACUUGGAAUGUAGUGGUUCAUGAUUGGCUGUUUUACUAUGUGUACCUGGACUUCCUGUGGAUGUCUCAGAAGCGUUUCCGACUAGCAGCCAUGCUUUGUGUGUUUACACUGUCUGCAGUGGUCCAUGAGUACAUUCUGACCAUUUGCUUUGGCUUCUUUUAUCCUGUCCUCUUCUGCCUCUUUAUGUGCUUUGGACUGUUGUUCAACUUCAUUAUGCAUGACAAAAGGAAGGGCCCCAUUUGGAACAUAUUCAUGUGGACGUCCAUAUUUCUAGGCCAGGGUUUUAUAAUCUGUCUGUACUCCCAGGAGUGGUACGCCAGGCGCUAUUGUCCACUAAAAGAGGCUUCUUUCCUAGAUUUGUUGAAGCCUCGCUCUUGGAGCUGUCAGGGCCUUGAUGGCAGACUGUGAUGACCUGUGAGCUGCGACGUGACUGAGGGAACGUACUGCUCAUCAAGACUCGACCAGACUUUAAAUCAGCGUCAUAACGUCUGGUCUCUUGUUCAUUUCCUUGCACUGUAAUGUAACUGUAUGAAAAUGUAUGUGCUGAACUGCCAAAAAUAGUAAAAUCACACUGAUGCCUUAUCUGUUUAAAGUUUUUAAAGGCAACCCCCAAAAGACUUCCCAGUGCACAUAAAAGUAAAUUUCUGUUUUUGUUUUUGCCUUGAUCCUAUUUAAAACCCCCUCUUUGUGCCACAAAUAAAACAGUGGCAAUCAUGAUGACAUGGCAGCUGAAUCCAAACAAUAUAAACUUUAAGUGCAAUAAUGGUUAUUAUUUAACGAAGUUUGUGCUUGAAAUGCAAUUAAAAGCAUGAAUGAAAAGGUAGAAAAUCUUUUAUAUUUAUGAGAAACUGUUUUGUUAUAAAAGGUUAGAGCCUGUAGUAUUAGACAUGGUUAAACUGAGGAUAUCAGACUAAUAAAGCCAAGAGGACACCAACAUGUCAGACCUGUACCAUUGUGUUGAUCUUCAUCUGCCAAGUCAAACGUUGUGGAGCUUUUAAUCAAGAAUUGUGAACUUUGACUAAACAUAAAAACUGUGCCAGCAUUUUUGUUAGUAUUUAAGUGUUCAAUAUUUACUGUAUUCUACUUAAUUUGAUCUGAAUAUCUAAAUGUGUUGAAAAGACUUGAUGUUACAGACGUGUUUUGGUUUUGACCAAGGCUGAUCUAAAGUGAUUGUUAAAUGUAAAGGAAAAUUAUUACAAAACUCUCCACUGUAAAACCUGCAGCUGGCUGCUAUGUUCUGACAAUGAGCUGAAUUUAUGGGGACCAAUAUUUGAAUUUUUCAAAAGAGUUUAAAUGUUUUGUUGCAAUCAUACAAUUAUGUAUUUUAAUUGAUUUGUUUUAAAGAACUAUGCUCAUUCUGUUCUUGAAAUGUUUGUACUUUCUUGUGAAUCGUUAAUGGGCUUUCAAUGUUUGAGAUGCACAAUGCAGGGAUAAAACUGCACUUGUAUUUAUCACCACCAGGGGGCACUGUUGUAAAGCUUAUUUUGAUCAGUGAAGUUCCACUCUGAUGGUCUCAGUUGCAAUAUCAACCAAACAAGUAACUUGUUUGUAGGUAUUCUGGAUAUGUCAAGUUUAUUUUCUCUUGUAAAUUCCACACAGUUUGAAGCUAAUGCUUCAUGUUUAUAAUUAUGGUAUUCAUAAUGAAGACAAGCCAAACUGCAAUGAAUGUUUAAUGAAAUGUAUGUUUUGGAGGACUAAGAUUUGGCUACUUAAUGUCACUUUAUAUUUUAAUGUGAUUUUGGUAUUGAGCAGUGGUCAUUUCUGUGACCAUGUUUUGUACAUCGUUUGUGUUUGUGGGCAAAUUUAUGACUUCCGUUGUCAGAAUAUGGAUUAAGAAUAAAAGUUGUAUUCUCCUAA